AUGACUGCCGCCCCGCAGGUCCCGCAGCCCUCGCGGUUGCUCAGCCCACCAAUAGGCACGCCGGCUUCGCGCUCCCAGCGAGCUCUGCGGAAGGCCUCGCACUUAUUGGCUCUCGCGGAAGCCCCGCCCCCACACGCCCAUUGCGGAAGUGCGUGCUGUGCUUCCGGUUGUGCGCGCCCAGCCUGGCUCCCGCGGACCGGUGGUGCGGCCCGGGGCGCGUGGGGCAGCGAGCCGCCCUGGAGGAGGCGCAGGCGGGCUCCCGCGGACCGGUGGUGCGGCCCGGGGCGCGUGGGGCAGCGAGCCGCCCUGGAGGAGGCGCAGGCUGAGCCGGAGGCGGCGGCGGCACGGCCCGAGGCGCGUGAGGACGAUGAGGACGAAGAGGAGGCGCUGCCGCACUCCGAGGCGGUGGACGUGUUCCAGGAGGGUCUCGCCAUGGUGGUGCAGGACCCGCUGCUCUGCGACCUGCCCAUCCAGGUUACUUUGGAAGAGGUCAAUUCCCAAAUAGCCCUGGAAUAUGGCCAAGCAAUGACAGUCCGCGUGUGCAAGAUGGAUGGAGAAGUCAUGCCUGUGGUUGUGGUGCAGAACGCCACAGUCCUGGACCUGAAGAAGGCCAUCCAGCGAUACGUGCAGCUCCGGCAGGAGCGUGAGGGGGGCAUCCAGCACAUCAGCUGGUCCUAUGUCUGGAGGACAUACCAUCUAACCUCUGCGGGAGAGAAGCUCACAGACGACAGGAAAAAGCUCCGGGACUAUGGUAUCCGGAACCGGGAUGAGGUGUCCUUCAUCAAAAAACUGAGGCAGAAAUGACCCUCCAAACAGGGACACUCUGUGCCGGUGGCCCAGCGGGAGGACGCCUCGGGCACUGUCCCCUCUUCACAGGAGAGUGCUGAGAUGGACUCGCCCAGCUGGGCACAGCUGGCACUGCCGGUGUGAGCCCCGGCCUCGGGAGUGGGACUGGGUGAGCCAGUGUCAAGACCCAAGUUUGACCCCUUCUGGGCCCAAACACCCUAAUUUCACAGCCGAUCCCACAGGCUGUGGGCCUGGCCCUCUGUACGGAAUAAAUCUCUUUGCUUUCUAGUUUGAAAAGUCAAAAA